GAGAGAGAGAGAGAGAGAGGACGAGAGAGGACUGUUUUGUGGAUGAAAUGAGAAUGCAGGUCAUCAUUGGGAUACUGUGGAUGUUCCCAGGAGUUGCCAUGGGUUUGCUGUUCCAGGAUCCUGUUGUCUGUAGAUUUACAGAGACUAAUCAGUGUAACGUAGCUCUUGGACAACGGCUGCAUCUGCAAAUGGUUGAGGAGGAUUUGUUUUAUCUAAUACUGAGCAACAAUCACUUCAUUUUAAAAUAUACAAAAACCCAACUUAACCCACCAAAACCAAAUCCCCCAAGAUGGCAGUUUGUUAAUGAUAAUAAAACUAUGAUACUAAGCAGUGCAGAGAGGAGCGACUCUGGAAAAUACACUUUAGUGAUCAAUAAAGCAGACGGAAAUAUUACAACAUUUUAUACUCUUCAGCUGAACAUUGAAGCUGAGGUGUCCUCAGUGAAAGUGUCAUACAGCUGCUUGUCCCCUGGGAUCAGGAAAGUGUACUGUUCUGCUGAUGGAGACAACCUCCACUUCCACUGGACUUCUGAUUUAAACCCAGUCACUCAACUAGAGGAUAGGAACAGUACUUUCCUGCUGGAACAAAACCAUGGAAAAGUCACGUGCCAUGUAAAAAAUCACGUCAGUAGCGCACAAAUUUCCACCAAACUCUAUCCAUGUAUUGGUGAGUCUUUUUUAAAUAAUGGAUUGAAGAACAAUAACAACAAAAACAAGCUGCAGUCAAGGACAUAG